GCAGGAUCAAUUUGGUUUGCUUCAGAAAUGAAAGCUGUAAGUGAUGAUUGUGAAAGGUUCACAUCUUUUCCUCCUGGGCAUUUAUACUCUAGCAAACAAGGAGGGCUGAGAAGGUGGUACAAUCCACAAUGGUUUUUGGAGAAGAUACCAUCGACUCCUUGUGAUCCAAUUGUUUUACGCGAGGCUUUUGAGAAGGCUGUGUUAAUGAGACUUAUGACAGAUGUACCAUUCGGUGUUCUUUUGUCUGGAGGAUUGAACUCAUCACUCGUAGCUGCUGUGGCUUGUCGCUAUUUGGCUAAAUCAGAAGCUGCACGUCAGUGGGGGUCACAAUUACAUACCUUUUGUGUUGGCUUGGAGGGUUCUCCAGAUUUGAAAGCAGCAAGAGAAGUUGCAGAUUAUCUUGGAACUCAUCAUCACGAGUUGCACUUUACUGUUCGGGUAAUUUAUAAGGGAUAUUUUCAGGAAGGCAUAGAUGCACUUGAAGAAGUUAUCUACCAUAUUGAGACAUAUGUGACCACUGUCAGAGCCAGCACUCCAAUGUUUCUUAUGUCUCGUAAAAUUAAAUCUCUAGGAGUAAAAAUGGUCCUCUUUGGUGAAGGUUCGGAUGAAAUCUUUGGUGGCUACUUGUAUUUCCACAAGGCACCAAACAAGGAGAAGUUUCACCAAGAAACAUGCCAGAAGAUUAAAGGUCUUCAUCUGUAUGACUGUCUGAGGGCCAACAAAUCGGCAUCAGCUGGGGGUGUUGAGGCUCGUGUACCGUUUCUUGACAAAGAAUUUGUCAAGACUGCUAUGGACAUUGAUCCAGAAUGGAAAAUGAUCAGGCCUGAUCUUGGAAGAAUUGAGAAGUGGGUCUUACGCAAAGCAUUCGAUGAUGAUCAGAAGCCAUAUUUACCAAAGCACAUCUUGUACAGGCAGAAGGAGCAGUUUAGUGAUGGUGUCGGUUACAGCUGGAUUGAGGGGUUGAAAGAUCAUGCAAACAAACAAGUAACAGAUUCGAUGCUGAUGAACGCAAGCUUUGUCUACCCUGAAAACACUCCGACUACAAAAGAAGGAUACUACUAUAGGACUAUCUUUGAGAAAUAUUUUCCAAAGAAUGCUGCGAGAUCGACAGUUCCUGGUGGACCAAGUGUGGCAUGCAGCACAGCAAAAGCUGUGGAGUGGGAUGCAGAAUGUGUCAGCGUGAGUUAUGAACAUGCCAGGAAUCACAGAACAUGGAAGAUCAUCAUGGCAUGCCAACAUUGAACGUGCAGAUCUAGAUCGGAAUGAUUAUGGUAGACAUCAUUAGUGUAGCACAUGAAAGCAGUAGUUUUAUAUAGCUGUAAAAGUUCUGUAAACAUUCUAUAUAAACAUAUGCAAAUCAGAUGAAUAUACCAUCAGACAAUUAAGUCUCUCAAUCGUGU